CUGUCUGCAGAAUGCGAGUAUUUCUUUUUGCCACUCUAGUUUCCCUAACUGUGGCUUCGGCCUGGGCUGGAACCAUUGGGGCAACCCAAGGCGAUCCCUUCGAGCAUGAAGGUCGCAUUGUGGGGGGUGAGGACACAACGAUCGCUGCCCAUCCCUAUCAGGUUUCGCUGCAGACCAAGAGUGGCUCCCAUUUUUGCGGUGGCAGCUUGCUGGACAAUGAAACCGUGGUAACGGCUGCCCAUUGCCUGGUGGGCAGAAAGGCCACCAAGGUGUUUGUUCGUCUCGGUUCCACCCUGUACAAUGAGGGAGGUAUCCUAGUUGGAGUCCGGAACUUGACCUACAACGAGAACUACAGCUCCCAGACCAUGGAGAAUGAUGUUGGCAUCCUGAAACUGGCUGAAAAAGUUCAGGAAACCGCUGACAUUCGCUAUGUGGAACUGGCCAAGGAGACACCGGCAACGGGAACCACUGCCGUGGUCACUGGCUGGGGUGCCAAAUGCUAUUUCUGGUGCAUGACUCUGCCCAAGGUGCUCCAGGAGGUAUAUGUAAGCAUUGUGGACUGGCGUACCUGCGGCUCGGAUGCCUUCAAGUAUGGCGAUAUCAUCUACAAGAGCAUGGUGUGUGCAUAUGAAAAGAAGAAGGAUGCCUGCCAGGGCGACUCGGGAGGUCCAUUGGUGGUGGGCACUAACACCCUGGUGGGCAUUGUAUCCUGGGGCUAUGCCUGUGCCUCGGAUGGUUUGCCUGGCGUGUAUUCCGAUGUCCCAAAUUUGCGAGAAUGGAUUGUAGAAGCAUCUAAGAUAUUGCAAUAAAUUUGAGGUUGAGUAUGCAUA